GGGGUGCGCGCAGUCGCCCAGCAGGCGCAGCGAGGAAGCAGCGCGGAGCCGGAGCCUAGCCGAGGUGAAGCAGGGUACCCUAGGCUGACGGAUUCAAGUAUGCAGCUGGUGCUAGAGGUGUGUGGCACCUUACCUGAGCCAGGCCAUGAGGCCAUGUUGCCAUGAUGUGGGCCCCUCAUGGCCUCAGCAGGAACAGAGCACUACAAUAUUGGCCUGCGCCGAGGAAACAGCUUCAAGCAGAGACGUCCCUCAGGCACAGUGUCUGCUUCAUCACCUGAAAAACCCUCGGAAGUCAAAGUCUGGUCUCAGGCCCAUCAGCAGGUGAAGCCAAUCUGGAAACUGGAAAGGAAGCACGUAGGCACACUGUCAGCAGGGCUGGGCACCAGUCUCUUGGGAGUCCAACCCCAGCCAGCCUAUUUCUUUUGCCCUAGCACUUUAUGUAACUCUGGGACCACAGCUGUCAUUGCAGGCCACAGCAAUCCCUGUUACCUGCAAUCUCUCCCUGACUUGUUCAACAAUACUCUGCUGUACCGCCGCACCAACGUGAGGCAAAAACCAUACCAGCAACUGGAAUCUUUCUGCUUGCGCUCCAGCCCAUCAGAGAAAAGAUCUUUUUCUUUCUCUCAGAAGGGUAUCCCUGUCAGUGUCACUGCCAAUAAAGUCACAUCUUCUACAGUCUUCCCCAUGGCUCAACCCAUGGCAUCUUCACCCACUGAUCCAUACCUCUCACUGGCAGCAGCUGGGGAGAAUCCUUCAAGGAAGAGCCUGUCCUCUGCCAUCUCAGGGAAGAUUGCAUCUCCACUGUCUUCCUACAAGCCCAUGCUGAACAACAACUCCUUCAUGAGGCCAAAUAGCACUAAAGUGCCCUUAUCACAAGCCACAGAUGGCCUGAAGCCAGUAUCCUCACCCAAGAUCCAGCCUGUCUCCUGGCAUCAUUCAGGGGGUACUGGAGACUGUGUACCUCAGCCUGGUGACCAUAAGGUACCCCAAAGCAUUGGCACUAUCUUAGAUGAUUCCACUGCCCCUGACACCCCAUCUACCCCUAGCACCCUCAACAUAUCCACAGCCAGUGUUCCCUCUUCCCAGUGCAGUCAGAGUAACUUUAGGAUGGAGGCACAUCCCUGUGGCCUGGAUGAAAACCUGGAUUCCCACAGUGCUACUAAAGAGGUGCAUUUCACUGAAGCUGUGAGGAAAUUGACUGCAAAAGGCUUUGAGAAGAUGCCACGGCAAGGCUACCAGUUUGAACAGGCUUGUUUUGUGAACCCCAGCUUCCAGUGGGGUCUUCUCAACAGAAGCAGGCGGUGGAAACCUCUGAUGGGCCAACGGUUUCCUCAGGAAGAUACUGGAUUAGACAGUGAGAUCCUUCCUGGUGCCUCCGACACCUUGGGGUUGGACAGUACAGUCUUUUGUACCAAAAGGAUCAGCAUUCACCUCCUGGCCUCACAUGUUCAUGGGCUCAACCCCAGCCCUACCUGUGGGUCUGUAGUUGACCCCCAAUCAUUUGGAGAAGACAGAACUCCUGUUCCCCCUUCUUCCCUCCAGCCUCUUGAUGUAGCCGAAGUGGCCACUCGCCUUUCUUCUGUCCAUCUUGGCCAGCCUGAGAAGGAGCCUGAGGAAGCCAAGGAGCUGAGCUCAUGUCCUAUAAGUCGUUGUUCAGCUACUGACCUACGGCCAAACCAGGUGGAGCCUGAAGAUACAGAAGAUGAACUAGGAGAUGGUUUGGAAGAUUGCUGCAGUCAUGGUGAAAAUGAAGAAGAGGAGGGAAACUCAGAGUGCUCUUCCUUAAGUAUUAUCUCCCCCAGUGAGUCGGUGGCAAUAAUAUCUCGGAACUGUGUGGAUUUAAUGUCCAAAUCUCUUCCCAGUCAUGAGAAAGUUGUACGACCAGCCCUCAUCUACAGUCUCUUCCCCAAUGUAUCCCCUACCAUCUAUUUUGGAACUCGGGAUGAAAGAGUGGAAAAACUUCCAUGGGAACAGAGGAAGCUACUUCGGUGGAAGAUGAGCACAGUGACCCCUAACAUUGUCAAGCAGACCAUUGGACGGUCACACUUCAAAAUCAGCAAGAGGAAUGAUGACUGGCUGGGCUGCUGGGGUCACCACAUGAAGUCUCCUGGUUUUCGAUCCAUUAGAGAGCAUCAGAAGCUAAACCACUUCCCAGGCUCCUUCCAGAUUGGUAGGAAGGACCGACUGUGGCGGAACCUGUCUCGAAUGCAGAGCCGUUUUGGCAAGAAAGAGUUCAGUUUCUUCCCCCAGUCUUUUAUCCUGCCCCAGGAUGCCAAACUCCUGCGCAAAGCCUGGGAGAGCAGCAGCCGUCAGAAGUGGAUUGUGAAGCCACCAGCAUCUGCUCGAGGCAUUGGCAUUCAGGUCAUUCACAAGUGGAGUCAGCUCCCCAAGCGCAGGCCCCUCCUGGUACAGAGGUAUCUACACAAACCCUACCUCAUUAGUGGCAGCAAAUUUGAUCUUCGGAUCUAUGUUUAUGUUACUUCUUAUGAUCCUCUACGGAUUUACCUCUUUUCGGAUGGACUCGUCCGCUUUGCCAGUUGCAAGUAUUCCCCUUCCAUGAAGAGUCUUAGCAACAAGUUCAUGCACCUGACCAACUACAGUGUCAAUAAAAAGAAUGUGGAGUACCAGUCCAAUGCUGAUGAGACAGCCUGCCAGGGCCACAAAUGGGCACUGAAGGCUUUGUGGAAUUAUCUGAGCCAGAAGGGAAUUAAUAGUGAUGCUAUCUGGGAGAAGAUAAAGGAUGUUGUUGUCAAAACCAUCAUCUCGUCAGAGCCCUACGUGACCAACCUACUGAAGUUGUAUGUCCGGCGCCCCUACAGCUGUCAUGAACUCUUUGGUUUUGACAUCAUGCUGGAUGAGAACCUAAAGCCCUGGGUUCUAGAAGUCAAUAUUUCUCCAAGCCUCCACUCCAAUUCUCCCUUGGACAUCAGCAUCAAGGGCCAGAUGAUCCGAGAUCUCCUGAACCUGGCAGGCUUUGUUCUGCCCAACAUGGAGGAUAUCCUCUCCAGUUCCAGCAGCACCAGCAGCACCAGCAGCUCAAGCACCAGCCUGCCAAGCUCUCCUAGGGACAAAUGUCAAAUGACUCCAGAGCAUUUUACUGCACAGAAGAUGAAGAAAGCCUAUUACCUGACACAGAAAAUUCCCGACCAGGACUUCUAUGCGUCUGUGCUGGAUGUCUUGACACCAGAUGAUGUUCGGGUUCUGGUCGAGAUGGAAGAUGAGUUUUCUCGUCGUGGUCAAUUUGAAAGAAUUUUUCCUUCUCGAAUCUCUUCUCGUUAUCUUCGUUUUUUUGAGCAGCCACGAUAUUUCAACAUUCUCACCACCCAGUGGGAACAGAAGUACCAUGGAAACAAGCUCAAAGGAGUAGAUCUGCUCCGGAAUUGGUGCUACAAAGGCUUCCACACGGGGAUUGUCUCUGACUCAGCUCCAUUGUGGUCUCUGCCAACAUCGAUCAUGACUGCCUCAAAGGGUGAUGGGACACCCAGUGCCAUCAGCAAAUUAGAACGCAUCAAGUCAAGAAAGCAAAGCUGCUCCGAGGGAAACAUGCUGUCCUCUGAAGAUGGGAUACUACCCAAGCCCAAGAAGAGUCAUGCUGGUCUUUCCCCCUUAUCCAGGAAGAUUUCAUCCUCAAAGAACAAUGAGGACACCAGCAAAGAGUCCAACCACUCUACCCAGGUGUUACCUGUACUCAAGUACUCUGGGCACAAUUCCAGACUUUGUGCUUCCUCCACUUCCCAGUCAGCCAGUGACUCCCUCCUGACUGCUGUGAGCCUGUGACUGGUCUGCACAGGAGCACUCAGCUACCUCAAGGGAACCGACCUGCUAAUGAGCCUGAGCCUCUACCCGCCUCCACUUUGCCCCUCAUCAGAGUAUUUUUUUGAAGUGGUUCUAUUGUAGAUGCGGGCAUCUGGAGGGCUGGAGGGGUGGUGGUGAUGGGGAGAAGGUGAGGAAGGUUCCACCCUCUGUCACCUCACUGCCUGGCUGGCACCUCAUAUCUCAGUAGAGAAGCCAGUGGCGGCCAAGCAGCCUUAUAAAGCAGGGUUUGGUUUCUACUCUGAGAGCCAUGUGUGAUUUAUUUGAGGCCCUGGUAUAGGGCUUGAGUUGUUGCUCAAGAGGAGAAAAUGUGCUAAACACACAGAAGUCUCUUGUUCUGUAAUUGAGAGGAAUUCCUAAAAGGUCCUGAUUUCCUUAAGUCUUUUGUCCCCUGCACAUCCUUGUCUUAAAGAGCCAUUUUUAGAAACCUCCAGUCUUCUUCAAAGACAAAGCAGGGGAAACCAUGACAGGCAUCCUGGUCUUGGGGUGACCUCCAUAACAUAUCUGCAGUUAAGGUUCCACUUAGUCAGUAGCCCUCCAUCUUCUGUGACUCUCCAGGGCUCCCUUGAAGGAGCCCAGAUAAUUUUAGUCAUGGUUAUAUAGAGGAGGGUGGAAUGAGCUGUUUCCCCUCAAUACAGGAAGUCUUAUAGUCUGUUUUGCUUUAAGCAGGGUUUGGUGCCUUGGCAGGUGGGUUUUAACACAAUCAUUUUUGUUGGACAGACUUCUUAUCUCUGACAGUCUAUACUCAGUUAAAUCUACCUCCCUUCGGGACUCAGUGAACUCUAAGCACUGAAUAAACACUGAGUUAACUGUGCAUACAGCUCUCCAAGCACACUAGCCCCUGAAGCAGAAGCAUUGCUGUCCUCCCCAAUGUGGGGAAGUAGAGCCCAGGGAAGCCCAAGGUGGGAGAGUUUCACUAGAGCAAUGGCCCUCCUUAGCCUAGCACUCCCCUCCUCCCUGGGACCUGCAGUCUCUAGUUUGUCUAGCAGUGGGACAUAUAAGAAGCCAAUUGGCCCUAUGGUCUGAUAAGCAAGCUUUGCCCUUUGUACAACAGGUUGGAAGCCCAGCAACUGAGAAUCACCCUGGUCUCAUCCUCAUUCUUCUGAGCUUUGGAAAGAGGGAGACUCUCUUGUCAUGACUCCCAGAGUCCUGUGGCCAAUUGGCAUGAAGCCUGGAAAGAUAAGAGAGACCUGACUGGGUUCAAGGUCACAGAGUAGGUAGACAUGGCGGUCAGUCCUAAGGUUGUGUUGACAGUUGUGAAGAAAGCUGGAUGGCAGAGUUCUAAGCAGUACUUUCUGUUUCAGAGUCAGUCCACAGUGGGAGGGAGAGUCCAUGGCCAUCCUGGAAAAUCUGAUAUCAACAGCCAACACCCUCUUGUCCUCAUGGUUACAGUAUUCUAGUGCACAUGUGACAAAGGGACAUAGUCUGCCCAGGAGAAAAUAGGCCUUUACUCAACAUUACGCCCAAUGCAUGUCUUUGGUGCAGAGGCCUGUUUAAGCCAGUUUACUCCUUGAAAAUGGACUUAAUUCCUCAGCCUGCCUCUGAGGAUCCCCAUCACAGUUUCCAACCCUGCAACUGCAGAGAAGGAACAGUACUGUAGCAGUCUGGGGUCCACCAGGGGUAGGGACUUGGGCAGUGUACUGCCCUCAAUGAGAGCAGUACACUGGCAGUUUCUGUUUUGUGUUCUGAGGUGACCCAGGCCUGCCUCAUAAAUGCUAUAGUCUGUAUGCAUGUGUUGCUGGGCCCAACCACACACUGUAUUUAUUGAAUCUUCAUUACAUUUGAAGCUGAUGGAUCUGUUUUGUUAGUGGGAGUUACGUCUCAUUCUCAAGAGAGUGAAAUUUUGAUAAAUUAUUUCACUGCAUAUUUUAGCACUGGCUAGUCAACAAUAGAUAGCAUUCAAUUGAAUGAGGGAUUUUUAAAAAAUAAUGGGUUUUGAAAGUUUUAAAUUUGGAAGUGUAGUUGAGUACAUAUUUAUUAGACUGCAUCGUUGUUUUCCCAAGUUAAGGACUUCCCCAGCCUCUAGAAGAAUGGAAGCAAAGGCUCCUGAGACAAGCAAGAACAUGAGACCUACCCUGCAGAGUUGUGAAAAUUUAAACCAAACAAAAGGACUGGGGACUGUUCUGUGCAAGAAAUGUAAAAAUCUUCCCUUGAAAUGGUGUGGUGGCUCUUGUCUUUAAUCCCAGCAUUUAGGCAGUAGAGGCAAGCCAAUAAACCUUUCCUUGAUGGGAACAACUACAGAGAUGUCCCAGAAGAGGCCAGAACAGUGUCUAGACACCCCAUCAUCCUUCACCUAGUGUUCACUAAUUACAGUUUUCAUUAUUCCUUUGAAUGGUAGCACUCCAAUGGGAAUCACUUGUCUGGUUUCACCUUUACAGCAUGUAAGUGUCCCACGGAGGGGAGCAUUAAGCAUUAUGAAUAUGUAUGUGAAUUGGUAAUUUGGUUAUCCCAAGAACCCUGAUUGGCAAAGAAUAACAAGAGUGAGUGCAUUCCUGGUAUCUAAAGCCAAACAGCACAGAAGACAGAUCCCGAGUCAAGUAGGAGCUAGAGGCCUGCUGUGUGGACCUAGCAACUGCACCAGGGGAUGGUGUCACCAGGUCCACUCUUAGGGUGGCAGCUGUUUUGCUGAAAGUGACUUCCUAUCACCACAGCCAAAGAACAUUCUUGGUGGCUUCUGUGGCAAUUCAGCACUGUUGAGGGCCAGUGAAGAAGAUUAAUCCACACACAGCGAUUUCCACGUUCUUCAGCUGAAUUAGUUACCUGGAAUAAGGUGAUGGCCAAAGGCUACUAAAGAGUGUUCCCAUUGGCUUCUUGCUAGUACUGAAGGCUCCCUCUGAUUAGGCUCCACUGUGUAGUUUGCUUUGGUCCUGGAAAUGAUGGAUUUUAGAGAACUGUAUCUUGUCACUUGGGACAGCCUCUCCAGCCAUGCUUAGCCUUAAACAUUCUUCUAAUACCUAACGACCUGUGUGGAUUCUUUUGACCUCCCUCCAUCAGCUUCAGAUCAGUGGGAGCAGCAAGCAGUCUUAAGUUGGUCUUAACAGAUUUCUUACGUGAGAGACCACAGUGGGAUUAAUAUUUCGGCAUUCUAAGACCCAUGUGUGCCUUAACCAUCAGAAUGUGCUGAGAUUUGGAAUACUGGGGGUUGUUACCACUGGAGAGGUCAACCUUUAAAAUGCUUUCAUAUCUUCUAAAUUUCAGUUUAGUUACCAGGUAUAUCAAUCUCUUAGAUGUAGUUAUGGGGAUUAAAUUGGGUGUAAGACAUCUAAAAAAAAAAAAAAAAAGCCUGAAACAUCAAAAUGAUUACCAAACUACUUCCCUCUUGGAGUAGCAGUAUCAGAGCCAGGUGGUUCAGGGCAGAGCUGUGUCAGCUCAGCAAAUGUUCUCAGGCCUGUGGUGGCUGUGUCUGGCAGGACCCAUCUUGUUACAUUGGUGUUCCUAAGCAGUACAACUAUUUGUAUAACAUUCCCAUUGUAUUGGGUAUGAUAGUUUAAUCCAGAUGCCAUUCGAAGUCCAUCAGAGGAUGUGUGCAGGUUAAACUCGGCAGGAGUUACUCCAUUUACCUAAGGGAUUGGAACAUCUGUGUGCUUUGAUAUCUGGGAGGUCCUAGAACCAACCCUCACAUUGACUGGAGAACUGUGCUUUGAUUGUGCCCAUGGGAGAUUAGAGCUGUGGAUUUGAUCAAGAUAAUUAGCUUGAAAGUUUAGAACCCUAUCAGCUGCUAGAGGCACAAGUCAAACUUAACACUAACAAGUUUAAAGUUUGAAAUACCCAGAUCUGGAAAUGCACAGUCAUUGUGAAGUGCCUGUAUUGUUGACAAGGAUGCACAGGCCCAUUGAUUGACAGUUUGGUAGUUUAAAAAGUCGAACAGCCUGUGUGGCCAGCAGUUACUGAAAAAACAAGUUAGUACAUCUGUUCAGGAUAUACUGUUUAGACAUAAGAGGAAAAGCUGGGAUAAGUGAAAAAAAAGCCAGAAACAGGUGUAUAUGCUUUCUGAUUCAAUUCUAGAAAAGGAAAUGAUUGUCAUAGAAGGCAGGAAUUGCUGAGGAUUGCCUGUAGGUGAUGGAGGGGAGUGGGGGAUUGACUGUAAAGAGGCACAUUGGAAAUGUCUUAAUUGUGGGUACCAUAACAACCACAUAUAGUUGGCAGACCUCAAAAUUGUAUAGUUGAAAUAAGUAUAUAUGUAAAUAAAUAAAGCUGAUUUUCUUUCCUUUUUAAUUUUUUUUUUUUUUUUCAUUUUUCAGUCCUGGCAAGUGCUCUGCUGCUGAGCUGUACUACUUGGCCCAAAGCUGAUUAAGAAACAACACACACACACACACAUACACACACACACACACACACACACACACACUCACUACCCAUUUCAUGAGAUGUAGAAAUUAAAGUCAUGAUCACAAUGAGGUAACAGGAGGACAGUUAAGAGUGAAAGGUAGUUGUGGAUCAAUUGGAAUGGGUAAAGCCGUUGCAGCUUGCAUAUGUGACUUGUGUAAGCAUAAGAUGUUGAUCAUGAUUGAACCCUUGAAGCAAUUUUUAAAGACAGCAUAUCUACCUGUGACCCAAAGCACUGAGAGAAACCAGACAUAGGAAGGCAUAUUAUAUAGUUAACUGAAAUUUGGAGGGGAACUCAGCUAUGGGUGCCGAAAGCAGCUGUGGUUGCCUUCAUAACAAUGGUAAAGGAGAAACCUUGUGGGUUGAUAGUAACGCUACACUCUUGGGUGUUGUUUUGUGGAUUACAUGCUUGCUAAAACUUAGUGAAUUGUGUAAGACUUGUGCAUUUUAUAAUUGGAUUGAAAUUGAUGUGUUAAAUUUUAGCGUUUUAAGUGUAUGUUUCAGUGGUAUUCAUAAUAUAUUGGACAACUUUCACUUCCCCUGGUUCUAGAACAUUUUUCUAAACUUGAAAACAAACUCUGCCAGUUAAGCAGUUGCUCCUCCUCCUUCCCUCCCCUUUCUCCCUGCCCAUAGUAAUCACCAAUCUUUCUGUUGUAGGUUCACCCAUUCUGGAUGUUUUUACAUAAAUAGAACUGUGAUAUGUAUCUGGCUUAUCUGACUUUGCAUGAGUUCAGCAUUCACUUUGUAAAACAAGUCAGUACUUCAUUCCUUUUUAUCACUAGUUUAUUUGUUGUAGGAAGUGAUGGGUUUUGUCAUGACAUUUUCAUCAUGUACAUUUCUUUCCCAUUACCCUCUGUCCCCUUCCUCCUGGUCUCCUUCUUCUUCACUGAGAGCUGCUGUACGUGUAUGUGUGCGCGCUUUGAAUAAAGGGUAUGCUAAUGUGA